UUUUUGGGGGGGUGGGUUUUAUUUACGGUAUUUUAUUUUUUUUCGUCUGAAUCGGCAUAAAACAUGCGUGCAUGUCGUGAAAAGCUAUUGCGAUGGCAAUCACCUUUGUGAUGUUAUCCUUUUCCCCUCAUACUCAUGCCUUACUACUCAAAAUGAAUCAGGCUUCUCGCGAUCGUGCUAGUAUUGGUCUAUAAAAAGGAAAUCGAACACGACUGUGCAUUCGUUGUGUGAGUAGUCGCGAGCCAACACACAGGCUUAAAGGCGGUGCUCACUGUUCGUUUGACGUCGUAGAGGAUGACUUCUUUGUUGGGGUCCAGCUUCUGUCAAGCGAUGAUGAUGAUGACGAUGAAAAGGGAGAGGAGUGCAGCGAUUCUUGGACUCGUGUUUGUGUGUCUGACCGCUGUCCUGCCGGGGUCACGUGGUGCUGACGUAGACGUCCAGGCAGAGCUGCAGGAGCUGAGAGACAUGAUCCGGACACUGACCAAACUGACCAUGGUCCAGCAGGAGUUUAUUGAGGAGAGACAAUUGCUGUGAUGAACGGAGUGGAGUUUCGAACCCGGCACAACGACUACAGACUUGUGCGAGCCUCGACCACCAGCAACGACUUCCUGGCGACAGAAGAUCUGGACUUCCCGCCCGUCCCCCCAGAGGUCACAGACAAGGACUCUGUUCAGCGAGAAGACUGGUCGUACAGCUACCCCCGGGGAAGGAACCAGAAGUCAGUGCUGGCCUCACGGGGAGCCAGGUUCCAGAUCAGCGAGUUCGAGGAGGACAAGUUCACAGACUUCAGCCUCCUGGACGAGCUGAUGCAGGGUAUCCCUGGAGUGGACAACACCCCGUCUGCCUCCCUGGCCCGGGGAUAUGCCGGUGACCUCUACCCCGGCAACUCCAGUGGCCAGGAGCACACUCUACAGGAAGGGUUCUACCAUCGCUGGUACAAGUUUGCCAGGAAGGGCGCCAUGGGAUCAGCC